AUGGUUACAAAGGGCGACUGCAAUCUUAAAGCAAGGGACAUAGAGAGGGUGAUGCAUUCUCAGUUAACUUUCAACAGUAAAAUUGAUGCAAGAGUGUCUUUCUUGUACUCGGCUUGGAGUGCUUCGGUCAAUGAAUCAAUGAAAGGCGAAGGUGAGUUGCUGCAAGGUGCUGGAGUGAGGAGAUCUAAUGUGCCAAAAGCCCCUCACUUGGAGAAUUGCAAGUUGAGUUCACAAGUCAACAAGAAUCUUGAUAAGCAUGUCGAGAAUGAGAGCUUCCCUCUGUGGACUCUGUGGAAGGGAUUCUUGCAUACUUACCCAUUGUCGACAGCUGGUGAGCUGCUGAAGUCUGAAAAUUUAGCUGCAUGGGUUAUGAACAUGUAUUUGAUCAUUUCUAUGUAA